GCGGGGAGACACAGCCCCGAGCCGCGAGCGGCGCCUCCUCGCCCGCCAAUCGUGGCACCUGUGCGCCGAGCACUGCGCCCGGGAGGACCCCGGCCGGCCCCGCAUCCUCCCCCGCCACCGCCCCCCGCGGGCGCCCCCUCGGCGCCCCCCGCGACGCCCGGCUCCCCGGGGAUCCUCGGCCCGGCGCGGCGGCGGCCAGGGGGUGCUCCCGAGUUGCCAGCCCGAGUCGCCGCUCCUCCGCCCAGGAUUUAUUGUGUGUGGAGCCCGCCCGGGGCGGGGAGGGAACUGCGCCUCCAACGCUGUCGCCGCCGCCGCCGCUGCCGCUGCCGCUGCGGUUCCUAGCGCGGCGCGGGGCCGCGGGGGGCCGGGGCUGCCCACGGCCGCUGCCCGCCGUCCACCCAAGGGCACCGGCAUCAUGGUCUAAGGCGGCGACACCUGCCUGGGAUCCCCUCGGCCGCCGCCUCCCGCCGCCGCCGCCGCCCGCGAGGACCCCCCGCGCCCACUCCACUGCGGACCCCAAUUCACUUUCCGGAAUACCCCGCUGCCGCCGCGCGAUCCUCGCUCUCCAGAACCUCAUGGGCAGCGUCUCCCGCCGGCGAUAAUGGAGAACCUAAUAAGGGGAAGGAAUCCCCCACAAUACCAGAGAAGUCCUUAUAAGGAAGUUCGUGCAACACUUCGGAAGAGACCUGAAGAAGAGUUGCAGUGCCUGGAGAUGACCACCAAACGGAAGCUCAUCGGCCGUCUGGUGCCGUGCCGAUGCUUCCGAGGUGAAGAAGAAAUCAUCUCAGUGCUAGAUUACUCCCACUGCAGCCUGCAGCAGGUGCCAAAGGAGGUCUUUAACUUUGAGCGAACAUUAGAGGAGCUUUAUCUAGAUGCCAAUCAAAUUGAAGAGCUACCCAAGCAAUUGUUCAACUGUCAAGCUCUCCGAAAACUAAGUAUUCCCGAUAAUGACCUUUCAAAUCUGCCAACCACGAUCGCUAGCUUAGUUAAUCUUAAAGAACUGGACAUCAGUAAAAAUGGUGUACAAGAAUUUCCAGAAAACAUAAAGUGCUGUAAGUGUUUAACAAUUAUUGAAGCCAGUGUCAAUCCCAUUUCUAAACUCCCCGAUGGCUUCACACAGCUUCUAAACCUGACUCAGCUCUACCUGAAUGACGCCUUUCUUGAAUUUCUUCCAGCCAAUUUUGGAAGACUUGUCAAAUUACGGAUCUUGGAGCUGAGAGAAAACCACUUGAAAACUCUACCAAAGUCAAUGCACAAACUGGCCCAGUUGGAAAGACUUGACCUCGGCAAUAAUGAAUUCAGUGAGCUGCCUGAAGUUCUGGAUCAAAUACAAAAUCUGAGGGAGUUGUGGAUGGACAAUAAUGCAUUGCAAGUACUACCUGGGUCUAUAGGGAAGUUAAAGAUGCUGGUAUACCUGGAUAUGUCGAAAAACAGAAUAGAAACGGUUGACAUGGACAUUUCCGGAUGUGAAGGCCUAGAGGACCUCUUACUGUCAUCCAAUAUGUUGCAACAGUUGCCUGACUCUAUAGGACUGUUGAAAAAACUAACUACUCUAAAGGUAGAUGACAAUCAACUUACGAUGCUGCCCAACACAAUCGGAAAUUUAUCUUUGUUAGAAGAAUUCGACUGUAGCUGUAAUGAGCUGGAGUCCCUGCCUUCCACUAUUGGCUAUCUUCAUAGUCUCCGGACAUUAGCAGUCGACGAGAAUUUUCUUCCAGAAUUACCCAGAGAAAUUGGAAGCUGUAAGAAUGUAACGGUUAUGUCUCUACGCUCCAAUAAAUUGGAAUUUCUUCCUGAAGAGAUUGGACAGAUGCAGAAACUAAGAGUAUUAAAUCUGAGCGACAACAGAUUAAAGAACUUACCAUUCUCAUUUACCAAACUUAAGGAGCUGGCAGCUUUGUGGCUUUCUGAUAAUCAGUCCAAAGCCCUAAUCCCUUUACAAACAGAGGCGCAUCCAGAAACAAAGCAAAGAGUACUGACUAACUACAUGUUUCCACAGCAACCUCGUGGUGACGAAGAUUUCCAGUCAGACAGUGACAGCUUUAACCCUACCCUGUGGGAAGAACAGCGACAACAACGUAUGACAGUUGCCUUUGAAUUUGAAGACAAAAAGGAAGACGAUGAAAGUGCUGGGAAAGUUAAGGAUCUCUCCUGCCAAGCCCCCUGGGAAAGGGGCCAGCGUGGGAUUACUCUCCAACCCGCCAGGCUGUCUGGCGACUGCUGCACACCAUGGGCCAGGUGUGACCAGCAGAUCCAAGAUAUGCCCGUUCCCCAGAAUGACCCCCAGCUGGCAUGGGGUUGUAUAAGUGGCCUCCAACAGGAGAGGAGCUUGUGUCCUCCAAUGCCAGUGGCCGCACAAUCCACCACUCUACCCUCUCUAAGUGGCAGACAGGUUGAAAUAAACCUAAAACGAUAUCCAACUCCUUACCCAGAGGAUUUAAAGAAUAUGGUAAAAUCUGUUCAAAAUCUGGUGGGUAAGCCGAGCCAUGGAGUGCGUGUUGAGAAUUCAAAUCCAACUGCUAACACGGAGCAAACUGUGAAAGAAAAAUAUGAACACAAGUGGCCUGUAGCCCCCAAGGAGAUUACAGUGGAGGAUUCUUUUGUUCAUCCAGCUAAUGAAAUGAGGAUUGGGGAACUUCACCCUUCAUUAGCUGAGACCCCUCUGUACCCACCCAAACUUGUUCUGCUAGGGAAGGACAAAAAAGAAUCAACUGAUGAGUCUGAAGUUGACAAAACUCACUGUCUGAAUAACAGUGUUUCCUCAGGCACUUACUCAGACUACUCGCCCUCCCAGGCUUCCUCAGGAUCCUCUAACACCCGGGUUAAAGUGGGGUCCUUGCAGACAACAGCUAAAGAUGCAGUCCAUAAUUCUUUGUGGGGUAACAGGAUUGCGCCACCUUUCCCACAGCCUCUUGACUCAAAGCCAUUACUCAGUCAGCGGGAGGCUGUUCCCCCAGGGAAUCUACCACAGCGUCCUGAGCGGCUGCCCAUGACUGAGGCUUUCACUGACAACUGGACUGAUGGCUCCCAUUACGACAACACUGGGUUUGUCUCUGAGGAGGCCGCCGGUGGCGAUGCCAACAGUAACCCUCUCCUGAGCUCCAAAUCAAGAAGCACAUCUUCUUCUCACGGACGCAGACCUCUGAUCAGGCAGGAGAGGAUUGUCGGGGUCCCCCUGGAACUUGAGCAGUCGACACACAGACAUACCCCAGAAACAGAAGUGCCUCCUUCCAAUCCUUGGCAGAACUGGACCAGGACCCCUAGUCCUUUUGAAGACAGGACCGCUUUCCCUUCCAAAUUAGAGAUUACUCCCACCACCAGCCCGUUGCCUGAAAGAAAAGAGCAUCUGAAAGAGUCCACCGAGAUACCCAGUCCUUUCUCUCCGGGAGUCCCCUGGGAGUAUCACGAUUCCAAUCCCAACAGGAGUCUUGGUAAUGUCUUUUCCCAAAUGCACUGCCGCCCAGAAUCUUCCAAAGGUGUCAUUUCCAUUAGCAAAAGCACAGAGAGGCUCUCCCCGCUCAUGAAGGACAUCAAGUCCAGCAAGUUCAAAAAAUCCCAGAGCAUCGAUGAGAUCGACAUCGGGACCUACAAGGUCUAUAACAUCCCGCUGGAGAACUACGUGGCGGGGAGCGACCACUUGGGCAGCCACGAGCGAGCCGAGAAGAUGCUGGGGCCGGAGCAUCACGGGAUGUCCAGCAUGUCUCGCAGCCAGUCGGUACCCAUGCUGGACGACGAGCUCCUCACCUACGGGACCAGCAAAGGGCCACCGCCCCCCAAGGCGUCCAUGACCAAAAAAGUCUAUCAGUUUGACCAAAGCUUCAACCCCCAAGGAGCCGUGGAAGUGAAAGCCGACAAGAGGAUCCCUCCCGCCUUCCAACACAACUCCGAGUACGGGCCGCAGGCCGGCAAGAACCUGGCCAAGGACCUGGUCAGCCCCAGGGCCUACCGGGGCUACCCGCCCGUGGAGCAAGUGUUCUCCUUCUCUCAGCCUUCUGUCAACGAGGAGGCGCUGGUCAACGCCCAGCUGGCUGGCCAGGGGCCCCGGGCAGGCUUCUUGAGAAGGGCCGACUCGCUGGCCAGCUCCACGGAGAUGGCCAUGUACCGCAGGGUCAGCGAGGCCCACGAGCUGCCUCCAGCCGACCGCUACGGCCGGCCGGCCUACAGGGCAGGCCUGGAUCGCCAGGGCAGCGUCUCAGUGACUGAGUCCCAGUUCCUCAAGAGGAAUGGCAGGUAUGAAGACGAACACCCUUCCUACCAAGAAGUGAAAGCUCAGGCGGGAAGUUUUCCAGUUAAAAACCUCACCCAGAGGAGGCCACUGUCGGCCAGAAGCUACAGCACAGAGAGUUACGGGGCCUCCCAGACCAGGCCAGUUUCAGCUAGGCCGACUAUGGCAGCUCUUUUGGAGAAAAUACCAUCUGACUAUACCUUGGGUAACUAUGGUGACAAGCCAUCAGAUAACAGUGAUAUAAAGACAAGGCCCGGCCCUGUGAAGGGGGAGGAGAGCUGUGGGAAAAUGCCUGCAGACUGGAGACAACAGCUGCUUAGACAUAUAGAAGCUAGAAGGUUAGACAGGAAUGCUGCUUACAAACACAACACAGUUAACCUUGGCAUGCUGCCCUAUGGAGGUAUUUCAGCAAUGCAUGCAGGCAGAAGCAUGACAUUAAACUUGCAGACUAAGUCUAAAUUUGAUCUACAAGAACUACCUCUUCAGAAAACCCCGUCCCAACAAAGCAACAUUUUAGACAAUGGACAAGAAGAUGUAUCUCCUAGUGGCCAAUGGAAUCCUUAUCCUCUUGGGAGACGGGAUGUACCUCCAGACACCAUGACUAAAAAGGCAGGAAGCCACAUCCAGACCCUGAUGGGCUCCCAGAGCCUGCAGCACCGCAGCCGGGAGCAGCAGCCCUACGAGGGCAACCUCAACAAAGUGACCAUCCAGCAGUUCCAGUCACCGCUGCCUAUUCAGAUCCCCUCCUCGCAGGCCAACCGGGGACCUCAGCCUGGACGGUGCUUAAUCCAGACGAAAGGGCAGAGGAGUAUGGACGGCUACCCAGAGCAGUUUUGCGUUAGAAUAGAGAAGAAUCCUGGCCUUGGAUUUAGCAUCAGUGGUGGGAUUAGUGGUCAAGGAAAUCCAUUUAAACCUUCUGACAAGGGUAUCUUUGUUACUAGGGUUCAGCCUGACGGACCAGCAUCCAACCUGCUGCAGCCUGGUGAUAAGAUCCUCCAGGCAAAUGGACAUAGUUUUGUACAUAUGGAACAUGAAAAAGCUGUAUUACUACUGAAGAGUUUCCAGAACACAGUAGACCUAGUUAUUCAACGUGAGCUUACUGUUUAAAUAUUUUUUAUAAAUAGUGAAGAUACGUCUAGCCAGACCUAAUGUUCAAAAAUAAAUUUAUACAUAGAAACAAAUUUUGCCAAUUGCUGGACCAAUGGCAAACAUUAGUGCCAAAUGUAUAAUACUAUAUGUUAGCACUGGUCACCCUGAAAAAAUGUUAACUAUAUAAAUAUGAUGUUCAUGUGGUUAUGUAUUAGUUUAAUUGUCAGCCUCUGGCUGCGCAUUGGUGCAGUUUGUUUUUGUUCUUGUUUUUGUUUUUUAAUCAAAUAAGUUUCUUCUCAAAGUGGAUUUCCUAUAAUUUCCAAGCACGGAAGCACACACAACAAGCUCUUUAUGAAUUCUGCUCUCCAUCAGAAACACUGCCUCAAAGUUAUCUAUGCCUUUAUAUAGAACAUACGAAUAUAAAGAGUUGUAAUUCCCAUUAAAUAUUUCUAGCACAAGGUAUAUGUUGGCAUCUAUACAAAAAGAAUAUAGAGAAAAACAAUAUUUUCAUAAACUAAACAUCUCGGAUUGAGAAAGAAAAUAUAUCUUAAAAUAAGACUUUACUAUAACGAAUCUUUUUCAAUAAAAAUAACAUGAUAAUGCCUUAUGAAAGUAACUGUACAUAUGGUAUAAAGUGUUUGUAUUGGGUUCCAUAUUUAUUUGCUAAAUUCUCAUGACACAGAGUGAAAUAUUUCAUAAAUUAGCCAUUUGUCUCUGGGACCUGAAUAAUGAUAGGACUAACGAAUUUGUUCAAUGCCUUUAGCUAAUAACAAUACAUGCAGAGUUAAGAAACAAACUAAAGAUCAUUGUAGAUAAAUCUUUUUCACCACAAAUUUAAGCAGUGAAUGAUGGGUGGGAGGAAAGGCUCUGCAUUAGCUUCACGUUUCUGUUGACUGAAAACUGUAAAAUCCUUGUGACCCCUUUCCUUGUAAAUAUGGGCUUUAUUUGUGUGUUGCUUUAUCUAAUUUGCUACUUUUAAAUCAUUACAAAUGAGUUUGGGAGCUUGAUAGGAUUUAUCAUUAAGAAAGACUGAUGUUAGGGAGUUAAGGGUGGGUGAUGUAAAAAACUUUGGCAUUUAAAUAUAAAACUUCAAAUAUCAUUUCUCAGAGCUAUGAUCCACUUGUAUUAUUACUUUCAGUGCCUGGUUUUGAGGACAGAAAUCUUUUUAAAAGUAUUUUCCCCAAAAAAAAAUUUAAAAAUAUAUAGAAUCCUGAAUUCUGUCUCACUGGAGAGAAAAAUAAGUAGAUUUCUUACAGAAUCAUUUAUUUUUCACUCUGGAAAAGCCUUCCUCUGAAGAUGAUCAAACUUUGUCCAUAUUUUCCUUUUUAUAAUAGUCUAAUUAGUUUGAUUUAGAUAGUUAUUUGAAAUUUCAGAACAGUUUCCUAGAAUAUGGUUACAUUCAUUCUUGUAUUUCAAUACAAUUUCCCCAUCCCCUUUUUUAGAUAUAUAUAUAUAUAUAAUAGCUUGCCUUCCUUCACUUUACAUGUUAGUGUUUUGAGUAGUCUAUUAGAAUUUUCCAAUGGUAUUAAAUUGGUAUCACCAAAGCUCUGAGAGGAAUAUUUGUAGGUGAACUGUUUUAUGGAGAUAUUGAAAAUACUGUAUUUUUGUAGGGUCUAUUAAAAUGAGUGUCACUAACUAGAAGUACAGUGGUAUUUUUUUUUUGGCAAUAGAAUUUGUCCCUUGAAGGCAAAGGAAGCUUCACUUUAUAGAAAUUGCACUUAUUGUGAGGUUACUCUCUGUCAAGGUGACAUCAUUCCAUGAAUUCAGAGGGUUGAACAGUAAGCAAAUAAUUCAAUGAUUGACCGGUUUCUUAUGUUUCCUGGAAGUAAUUUUCAAGUGCAUUGGAGUAGACUGAGAGUUUCUGAUGAGAAAUGUCUUUCAGAGCCUAAAUUCUCUUGUCAAAAUUUCACACCAAACUACCUUCUCCAGCUGCUGUGAGCAGAUGAGCUUCCAUCACUGGCCUCAUAGGAAAACCCAGACCCAGAGCGGUUCCCUGGGUUGUCAGACUCGGUGGGAAGGUGGGAGAAGCGCCAGGGAGGGACUUCUGGAGUCUGUUCCCUCCUUCUGAUCAACCCAGGGAUUCUGAGGACCAGCGCUGAAAGGAUCAAGCCCAGAUAGGUCUCCUGCCUUCUCAAGGUGAUGACUGAGUCAUUGUUUGAGCCAAUGCUUGCAUCCUUCCUGUUCUGCAGUUCAGAAGUGAAGGGGGAAUCUCUGGCCCACUGGGAAAAAAACUCAGGGGUCCCUGAACCCCUCAUUGUCCACACUGUUGUGUGCUGACCAAGGGCAGGUGAGGGUUGACUAACUAGAAUCACUUCCUGUGAGAUGAGGCUAUUGAGCUGAUUCUGCAGCGAGCAAACCAGGAAGACAUUGAUUUUUUUUUUUUUUUUUUUUAGUUACUGUGUUUUUCGGAGUCACAGGCUUUGCUGCCGGAAAUUAAAAUCUGAGUUGUGAUGACAAGCUCAGGGUGUGCCUUUCAAAAAAGAGAAAAAAAAAAUCAAUGAUAAAGAAGUGGAAUUCACGAUUGUUCCCAUAGAAUCUACCUCUAGGUCUUUGGUUUGUGUUUGGAGUCAUUCUGCUGAGGACUCUGGGUGUACUGGGGUAGGGUGGGAGACACAGUGCAAGUGGGAGGAGAAAGAUGGAGAGGAGGCACAGAAAAAUCUUUAGUAGAAUUGCUGCCGAUUUUGCAAGCCCAAGAGACUUUAGUGGACAAGGAUUUUCAACCCUGUGGCUUCCGAUUCAUUGUCACGAAAGUUCUUCUAAAAUUUCAGUCUUCUAGACAGGUCACCUUAUAGCUACAUACUAAUUUCAAAAUGUGAGUGUAAUUUUGACAGAGAAUUUUAUUUUUAUUUUUAUUAUAGACUAGAUCACAUGCUUACAAUAAGGGUAUAGCUUAUUGAUGUGCCAAGCUUUAGAAAUGCAUCACAAAGUCAUUAGAGAAUUUUCAAGAGGCAGUAUUAAACAUGUAUGUUUAUUCAAACAAUUUUAUUGUUCAUUGAAACUCACAAAAUGUGUCCCAGCCAAUAGGAAUUGUAAUUACUUAGGCACCUAACCAUGUGGUUUCUGGGCAUCCCUCGGAUUACUACCUUCAAGAUGGAAAACAGUUUCAAUAAAGGAGUGACAGACCAGAAUCAAUGGGCUCUCAUCUUAAAGAUAAGUAUGCACAGCUCUUCUGUAAAUGUUUAUUUAAAUGUAGGACUAAAAAUGUCUUUUACCAGAAAGAUAAAGAGAGAAUAUUCAGAGGGAGGAAAACAUUAAGAAAAUUAGAUUUGCAUAUUCAAAGGUUAAGUGAAAAAAUAAUAUCUGGAUCUAUCAAAAUAAUUAAAGGACAUUAUAAUUUUUAAAUAUAUCUAUAUUUAUAUGUUAAAAAGUUAAAAUUUUUAGCCAUACAAUAUACCUAAUAUCUUUACCACAAUUUAAAUAGUUGGAAAAGAGAAUUUUGCCAACUGGUCUUUCCAAUGAUGUUUAAUACCAUCCUAGAUAAAUUUCUGCCCUUUAUUGGUUCAUGGAUCAAAAUCUCUAGCCUGAUGGGGCCAAAGCGAUAGUCCAGCGGAUUUGCCUUGCAUGUGGCUGACCCGGGUUCAAUCCCCGGCAUCCCAUAUGUUCCCCCGAGCACCGCCAGGAGUAAUUCCUAAGUGCAGAACCAGGAGUAACCCCUGAGCAACGCUGGGUGUGACCCAAAAAGAAAAAAAAAAAAGAAACUCUAGCCUGAUUACCAAGAGUUAACAAUAUGAUAUAACUGACAAAUAGUUUUGGUGGUGUUAGAAUACCACUCAAGUCUUCCGUAUAUUCGAUCAAACAACGUUUGACUGACCAAGCAGCAGAUUUCCUGAAACUCUGCAUCAACCAAAAGAACCAAAAGUGAUGCAAAUAACUAAACCCAGUAGGUCAGGAAAACAGGCCCUUGCAUUCAUGUCAAGAAAAGCAGGGCUGAGUUUCUAGCAAAUUUCCUUCUCUUAAAAAUUCCACCUCUUUUGAGGCUUGAUAAAUUGUUCGGACACUGGUAAGAUACUCUCUCUUAUGGUUACCUGAUGAGCUGGGAAUUCCUUGGUGGGGAUUUUCAGAUUCAAGAUCAUUUACAUGGCCCAUUAGCCAUACAACCAUGUUCUGUUGAGAAAGGAUCCCCCUUGUAUCAGAACAGUUCCUCGUAGCUCAGUAAAACAUACCAUCCAAGCAUAUACUAUGGCAAGAAACUAGAGUUGUGGGUGGCGGAGAAAUAGAUAUCCAGAAACCAGGCGGGUUAACCACAGGAGAUUCUGGGCUUCAGUCCUCCUAAGCGUCUUUUGGGCUCCAAUUGAUCUCAACUGUUCAGAGAAUGUUUUUGAAGCGUCCCCAUGAACCAAAAUCACAGCAGAUGCGUGAAGGUCUCUGGUUACAUUCUGAACUUUCUGCAGUGUUUCUGUUGUUAAGAUCUUUCUCCUGAGCUUCUUAGAGAGCCAUCCCUAGGAUGCUCCCAUGUGGCUGGCAUGAGGAUAUGUUGUUCCCUUCAAGUCGGACCUUGAAUAUCAAUUGGUGGUUCUAAGUGUCCAGAUUAGAAAGGACUUUCUUGGGAGAGCCAAGAGCCUACAAUAGUGGCUUUAACCAGGCUUCAAAGGCACAUGACGUGUCUGGAAACUGCAAAGGAAAUUCAAUACGAGGGUAAGGUUGGCAAUGCCUUCUCAGAUUGGUAGUUCCACUUCUGUUGACCUACGAUUUUGAGGAUUGUCUGUAGACCUCCCAGAUGAUUGCUGUGAGGGACGAGUUCCCAUCGGCUUCACCUGGGACCCUGUCUCCAAGAGGAUGGUUUGAACUGGCUGGAAUAGUGCAAGGGGCCAAAAUCCCUAUUCGAUGCAGACUAUGGUAUCACGUCUGGUUCCCCAAACACCACUAGGGGUCACUCAUGAGCUCGGGAAUAUCCCCUAAGCACCAUAAAGUGUGACCCAAGAACAAAACAAAUGAACUGUAAAAAGAAAUCUGACCCAAGGCCAGAAAAUCAGCAGAGGGAUUAAGGCACUUGCGUUGCAUGUGGCUGAUCCUGGUUUAAUCCCCAGCACCACAUAUGGUGUGAUGCCUGAGUGGCACCUCUAAGUGUUGCACCAAAAUAUUAAUAAAUAAACUAAUUAAUGAAAAGCCUGGUCCAAAGAAAAGACUAUGGGACAAAUUUCAAAGGUGUGAUUCUUUUUGCCCACCUCACCAUUUUUUCCCCUUUAAGAAAAAAAAUAUUAUUUUAAGUUUUUCAUUCUUUGGCAUCCAUUUCAAUGUAGUGAUGGGCAUUGAGAAAAACAUCAUCCACUUACCCCUAGUUCUAUGAGUCUGUUUUUGCCUUAAAACUCUCAGUGAUGCCCAAUUGUGUUAUUAUAUCAGAUCUUCCCCCACACACACACACACACACACUUUUUUUUCAAGUAGCAUCAAGAGAAAGAGGCCACAGAACUUGAUGUCAAGUACCUCUUUACUGCCUAGCAUGAGAAAUCUUAGUACAGGGAUUUUUGUUUUCUUUUUUCUCUAUUUCAGCAAACUGUAUUUCCUCCACAGAAAAGCAGUAAUUAUCUGAAAGCUGGGUGCUUACAGUGUGCAAAAUGCUCAGGGACCUUUUGUGGAGAAGUAUAAUGGCAUUGAAAGCAAUGUUUAGAAGUUUUUCUUGAGCAUCUACUGUGGGUCAGGCACUCCAAGGGAUGUGAGCUGGUCCCCUCCACACAAAUGCUCCCAGUCAAGUGGAAAUAGGAAGAAAUAUCCACACCAAAGCCAGCACCAGGCUCUGGCCCUGCCCUAAGCCCCGGAGGGACCAGAGGCAGCUCUGCCACCAGAUCUCUGAGUUCAGGUGUAUGUUUCCCACUGACUGCAGAGUUGUCCCCUCUGCGUCCUGUGGCCUGUGAGUGAUGUCUGCAACAUCCGAGGGGCUAGGAAAGGCAUGAGAGGGUACCAUCUUGGAUGGGAACUAGGCAAAUGGCAGCUCUUGAAUCUCUGGAAGGGAAUCUUGCCAGUUAGUUGGUUUUCAAAAGGAGAGAGGGUAAAGGGCAAAGGUGUCCCUCACUCGGACCCCACGUGGCGGGGAAAGAAAAGUUGGGACUUGGAAAAGCAUGGAGUUUUGGGUUGAGUAUCCCCCAAGGGCACCUCCUGUGACCUCUCUUGUGGACAGUCAGGAUCACAGGAGUCCCUUGGGUCCACGAAGUUAGAGGAGCUGGCUGUGCUUCCGGCUUCCAGGCCUCACUUCCUGCUAUUGCGGAAGUGCUUCUCCUGGCUUCCUGCCCUUCGGGGGCCCAUGAACAUUUUGGUUUCACAUGCAUCAGAACUGAUCUUUCUCCUUCCCAUGUCAAUUUGACGUUCUAAAUCUAGGACUUGCUUCCUUUCGUCUACACCCUACAUAAGCUUGGAGGUGUAGACACUGAAAACGUUUUCCCUUCCCGGGAGCCUCUCCCUCUCCCCAGACCUCUGGUCUCAGUCUUCACCUGCAACUUCCGGAAUGUAAAUCAACAGUAACUGGCAGGGCCCAGCUCGAACACUCCCUCCUCCACAAAAAUGGCUUCUAAGCCUUAGUGGCAAUAAAUCCCGCUUCCUCAGCUGCGUCCUCUUCAUAUCUGUGUAUUUUAAGAAUGUUUCUCACAUGCCACCAACAUGGUAGCUGUUGUGUCUCUCCUGUGGACUGUAACAACUUGAGAGAGAGCAGAGAGGCCUCCUUGGGAGAGCACCGUGGAGAGAGCACAUCGUGUUGCCUUUCCAAUUUUCCUUAGUGUCUGUAGUGCUUGCUCAAUAAAUAUUUGUGCAAGGAAUAAAUGGGUGGCCAGCUUGGCAGACAAGCACACGCUUCAUGCAUUUUGUAUUAAACAGGGAGCUGAUAUUCAAUGAUAUUCAAUUUGCAUAACCUGAACUACAGAUCUUUCAAUUGCUCAUGCCUAGAUUUUAUUAUUAUUAUUAUUAUUAUUAUUAUUAUUAUUAUUAUUAUUAUUGUAUUACCAUGAGAGAAGCAGUUACAAACUUGUUCGUGACUGGGUUUCAAUCAUACAAUGUUCCAACAUAUAACCGUCACCAGUGUACAUUUCCCACCACCCAUGUCCCUACUUUACCUCCCGCCAACCCUCCCCACCCCACCCCCAGCCUGCCUCUGUGGCAAGCACAUUUCUUCUUCCUCUCUCUUACUCUCUAUCUUUCUUUCCUUUGGAGCAUCAUGCUUUGCGAUGCAGGUUCUGAACGGUUAUCUUGUAUAUCCCUGUAUCUCCUUUCAGCACUUAGUUCUUGUCCAGCAUGAUCAUUUCCAACUAUCAUUGUCAUAGUGGUCCCCUCUCGGUCCUAACUGCCCUCACCACCACCCCUCCACGCCCCCCCACAUGCACACACGCUUGGGGCCACUUCCGACCCGUCCUCCCGGCCCUUGUUCCUACUCUCCUUGAGUUAUUCGCCUCAUACCAGCUCAUGCCUAGAUUUGAUUUUUUUUUCUUUGACAACGCCUUUGGCAUCAACCCUCCUUCCGGGCUCAGCAUUACUAAGACCUCCUGGGUUCCACUGUUUCGUCAGCAGUUGUCUCUCAUUUCCUGUUUAUGCUCCCAGCGCCUUUACCACCACCCCCCCCUCCAAAAGCUUGCAAAGUAGCUUUCCUUUGCUGGAUGGGAGUGCCUCCUCCCUAGUCUCACUGAUUGUGGCGUUUUGGGCUCCUUUUCUUGGAAGAAGGCAUGCCAAGAGACUCUCUCCAAGAAGGGAAGGCAUGAGUCUGAAGGCGGGGAGUCCAGGCUGGGUGCUGGGCACCUGGGCCAGCCCCUCCUCCCUCCACAGGCCUGCGAGCCUCGGGAACCGGUUGUCUGCCUGUUCACUGUGACCCCACAGAUUGCUUGGCUAGAGCUACUUUGACAAAUUGGAAAUGUGGGGACUUGAGAGAGGGCUGGACGGUAUGUAAAGAAAGUCCCCUUGCCCCAUUUUAGCUCUAAAAUGUCAUGAAACAGCUGCCUCCUAGCGCCUAUUCUAGAAUAAAGGGAAGCAGGGCUGGGGGUGGGGGUGGGGGGUGGGGGUGGGCUCAGCUUUGCUUUGCAGGUGUGAGGCCCUGGGUUUAAUUCCUGGUCCCCUGAGCACUGCUAAGCAAGUCCCAGGAACAGCACCAGCAAACCAAAGCACAAGUAAAUCAAAGAAAAAGCAGCCUGUUUCUGUGGCUUUGGGCCAUAGCUGAGCACGAACAUUUCUCCACUCGGCAUUUUGGCAUCAUUUCACGGACAAAUCCACCACCUGCAAACCUAACGUUAAAAUGUGAGAUACUCCAGCCAGAAUUUCUAGGCUAUUGCAAAAAACUAUAGAAUGGCCAUGAUGAACUCUUUUAGAUCACAGAAAACCUAGAUUGCCUUCAUAAAGCCACAAAGUUGCUCCCUGUGUUUUAGAAAAGUCAGAAUCUGGACUCUUUAGCAAUAAGAAUGAUAAUAUAAAAAUAAGUUAUUAUACAGCAUGACCAUUACUUUCAUAGAGACGUCCCUGGUAGGGGGGCAAAACUGAAGCCCAGCCCCUUCGAAGACAAAAAUAGUACCUAAGUGGGGAGACCCCCUAGAUUUAGGCCUAACCAUCCCUAAAUCGGUAAACGUUUCUCUAUUACCGUGUAGGCUUUUGCUUUUCUUCCAAGUUAAACAUUCUGUUCUCUGCCUCCUCUACAAAAGAAUUCCCAGAUUUUUCUAUUUGGGGUUCACAAAAAUUAGACAUAGAAUUAAAUCCAUUUCUCAUCUACCAUCGCGCCAAUCCAAACAAAACUCAUUACUCCAUCCGUCUUUGUCUUUUGACUUCUCUGCAUGAGAAGUUGCACUUUAUUUUAAUUUUCGAGGGAGGUUGGCGAUCUUCAGCAGUGUUCGUGGGACCUGGGGCUGGUCACUCCUGGGGCCACCGUCUUGGUAGUGCAGGAUUGGGCCUGGUGAUACCUCCGGGCUAGACCCCACACUGCUCAGGGGACCUUGUGGUGCUGGGGACAGACAGGACUCAGGGCCCCGGCAUGCAAGACAUGAGCCCCCGCCCUUUGAUCCCUCUCCCUGCCCUGUCUCUUCUCUAAAUGAAGAGGGUUUGCUAGCUAGCCAGUUGUACCUGCUUCCCAGAAAUGUUUUCUUUAAGAAGUUGUGAGUCUUCCUGGAAAGAAACUCUGGGAUGUUUUCCUUGGACCCUAGUGCCCACGCCCACCCCACCCCCAACUCUCAGGCACCUAAGCUUGGGCCUCUGGACCAAUCUUUAAGGGGGUGGGGCGGGGGUUGGUUACAGAGAGGAAGAAGGAACCAGUGUCUGAACAAAAGUGACAUUUGAAAAGUGAACUGGUGAAGGAUGUCAGAGAAGCAAGGGAGGGGGUGUGUCUCUGUGAGGAUCCGUCAUUUCAGUAUUUUAGAAGAGUAAGAACAAACUUGAGGAGUUUUGCACAAGAGCAAUUAAUCCGUUGGUUUUUUUUUUUUUUUUGGUUUUUUGGUUUUUUCUUGUGAUGGUGGCUGCCAGCCGGGAUUGAAUCCAGGUCUCAGGCAUGCACGGCACAGGCUGAACCACUGAGCCGCAGCCCAGCCCCAGAUAAGAAAUUCUUAGCCCGAUUGUGCAGAAUGAGAAAGGGCAAAGAAGGGAGUACAGGACCAGCAGCCCCUGACCCCCGGGUAGGAGGGUUUGGGGGAGCGAAUCUGCUGGGUGGACGGUCCCCUCCCCAUCCCUUCUCCCCUGGCACCCAGAAGAGUCCUAGCAGCAAACUUGGCUUCUGGCCCCCAUUCCAGAAGCCUCAAGAAUUCAAAAACGGAAACGUUUUGUUCCGUUGUGACUCGUUUCUGGAGCCCGUCCAUACAGCAGGUUGUUUCAAACAUUUUCUCAACGCAAAUGAGGUUUUUUUUUUUAAAAAAAAAGAAAAGAUCGGCCAUUAUUCUGAAAUUAAAGACAGUAUCAAAGCCGGAGCCCCGUCCCAGAGAAGCCACAGACGGCUCCUCCCCAGAGAUGCUACUUUUCAAUCCGCCUGUUUUCAACGCACACGUGGUUACCAGAGCGAGCCUCCAAUUUCGGAGCCCGCCUGCAGUUGGGAGGAGCCACCGCUAGAUGGAGCGCGUGGACCUAGACCCGAAGCCGGAACCGCGGCUCUUCCAAGCUGGGUGACCACGUGCUCCCCGUGCCUGGUUUUUUAAAUUUUAUUUAUUUAUUUAUUUACUUAUUUUGGUCCCUGUUGCCAUUUUAAUAAUAAUCUUCCCGUGCUUUUUCUUAGAGAAAAUUAAUUUGAAACAAUGUUACAAACACAUAAAAGAGCUUGUUUCCAAUGCUUUCUCUCCAUCGUUUCAAAUAGGGAAAAAAAUCAGGCACCAGAGCUGAAAAAGCUUUAAAGAGCUUUAAAAAGUUAUGUUCUGAUCCAAGUCUGUGAGCAAGUAAGUCAGCCUUCCACUGCCCCUUGUUCCGUUUCAUAUUAAUUCUGCUACAGCACCCCUGGUGUUCCCCUGCUUCUCUGAUUUGCUUUUUGUUUUCCAAUAUUUGGAGCCUGCCUGGCACAUUUUUGCCCAGCUUCUUGAUUGGGAUUCCCCGUUAGGUGAGGGAUGUUGGCAAUACAUUAUUUGAUGUGUUUGUAAAUUAUUUUAGGUAGUUAUCUCAAGCGGUUCAAAACCUCAAAUUGCAAAAUCUCAGCUGCUCAGAAUCUCCCUGGCCUGGCUAGCCUGGUCUAGAAAAGUAGCUCUGCUGAAUGUGUGUCUCUCUGUCCAGGCCUUUAUUUUCAAGGAGCCCGAGCCAGUCCCUAGGUACCGAGCAUAAAUCAGCACCGACUUUUUCAUUUGGUUGAUGUGUGCGAGGGAUGAGCGGUACCUCCGAAUCAAAUUUGACUUUUCCCCAAGUGAACAAGAAAUGUCUCUCCGGUAUCCCAUCUGGCAAUCCCUGGGAUCAGGGGGUCUUUUGCAACCUUCCCCACCCUGUUCUUUCAGUCCGAGGUUCUGGGUCCAGCGCGGGGGACGUGUGUACCUGAGCUAUUUCAGUUCUUAGAUAUUUGGAGAUUCGGGGCCUCCGAGGGCUGCGUUGGUGUUUUAAAAGCCAAAUGUCCCUGUUUACCUCUUUUGCAAUAAUUACCCCCUCACCCCCAGCUCACAUAGCCCCUUUGUUCGCUCCUCUGUUGGCUAACUCCAAAGCCCUGCUUGUCUGAGAGUCCCGCUUCUCUGCCAACCAUUUACUCUUUUUUCCUUCUCGCCGCAAGCACAAGCAGAGGGAGAAACAAGACGUUCUUUCCCCACGUCUCAGUGGGUCUCUUUAGACCCUCUGAUGUUUCCCUCUGAAGGAAACGCUCUUCUCAGGGCCCCGGGCUCGCCGGCUCCCACAGAGAACGCUGCUUCUCAGCGACUUCACUCGAACCCUCUCUGGCAACCCUCGGUCCCUCCUGCCGUGACCUGGCCUCAGACUGAAGGGCGGUUUCUUAGGUUUGAGGCCAAGAGCGUGUCCUCUUUUCUGGAAGAAUCCCUAGCUCCAGCUCCUGAACAAACUGAACUGGGACCCAACAUGUUCGCACGUUUUCUCCGAUGGUUUGCAGCGCCGGGGACUAAGCUCGGGUCUCAGGCGUGCAAGGGGCGCGUUCACCCCAGCUAUGGCCACACACACCUUGACAGCCUGUCCACGCGGGGUUUUACUCUUCUGCCCACAGACUUUUGGAUUUGCCUUAUUUCCUCUUGCAUCAUCUUGUCUCAGCUCAUCUUUUCCCUUGGCUUCCACAAGCUUUUCGGGAGAGAUUUGGUUAGAAGAAUCCUGAAUUGAAUGUUAGCAUGAAAAUGAAGAGAAAAAUGUGCUUUCUGCACUUUGAUGAUGAUGAUGAUAAUGGGGUGUGUGUGUGUGUGUGUGUGUGUGUGUGUGUGUGUGUCUAUGAGAGAAAGAGAGACAGAGACAGAGUCAGAGACAGCUGUGUGUGUGUGUGUGUGUGUGUGUUUGUGUGUCUAUGAGAGAAAGACAGACAGAGACAGAGUCAGAGACAUCUACUGGGAUUGUCUCCUGGUCAGGGACAGUGUGUGUGUGUGUGUGUGUGUGUGUGUGUGUGUGUGUGUGUGUGUGUGUGUGUGUGUGUAAGAGAGAGAGAGAGAGAGAGAGAGUUUAGGGUUUAUCAGUUUUCUCCCAAAUGGCAGUUAUUAUCUCUGUGACCUCAGAGCCCAGAUCAGAGUAAAGUCCUCAAGAAUAAGAGCAACUCUUCUUUCCCCAACUUUCCAUAAAUUCCUCCAGCCUGCUCACCAACCAGCACCAGGAACACGGCCUCCUAUUGCGAGCGGAGGGUCUUUCCUGCCCCACUCCCACCGGCCAAGCUGUAGUCUGUGCUCUCCUGAGUCUCCCUCUGACCAGCCUAAGAUUGAUCUCCUGCCGAACUCUGCCUGUAACCUUUAAGGAGUGAAUGAUCAGGGCUGAAAAGAGCACCCUGGGGAAGACCUUCCCUUGCUUGCAGCAGACCCUGGCUGGAUCCCGGGCACCCCGUAUGGUCCCCUGGGCCCACCAGGAGUGAUCCCUGAGCACAGAGCCAGAAGUAAGCCCUGAGCACCGCCGGUGUAGACCCCAAACCAAAAAUAAAUAAAUAAAUAAGUAGUGAUGGGCUCUCGCCUUGUACGUGUUUUUUGUUUUUAGUUUGUUUGUUUGUUUUUGCUCUUUUGGGGUCACGCCCGGUAAUGCUCAGGGGUUACUCCUGGCUCCGCACUCAGGAAUUACUCUUGGCAGUGCUCGGAGGACCCUAACGGAUGCUGGGAAUCGAAUCUGGGUAAGCCGCAUGCAAGGCAAACGCCCUCCCCGCUGUGCUAUCGCCCCAGCCCCUCAACCCAGGUCUGAUCCCUGGUACGACAGAGAGGACCCGAGCCGUGCCAGGAAGGAUCCCUGAUGCAGAGCCCGGACUAAGCCAUGAACACAAACACAUGAAGACAAAUGCAGCCGGGGGCGGCCUGGGUGUUAGGCCUUGGGUGCAGAGGGGCAAGACCGAGAAUGGGGAACGAUGCUUUUCUCCCAGUGCAGGGAACCAGCAGCUUCAUGGUUUCCAUCUUGCUGGACGCAAAGGGCUGCUCAGGCCACAGUGCGCCUGUGGGCCAGUCUUUCCCACGGAGGCCCAGCCUCCUUCCUGGUUCGGAGGCUGCUGGCCUCUGCUUUUCCACUUCCUUCUCGCUCGGUCCUUCCAAGGCCUCUGGGGCCAGCGUCUGAGGGACCGCAGGGACCCAGGGCGCCCUCCCCAUCCUGGAGGGGGCCCCCGGAGUCUGCAGAGAAAGUUCUGCUAUUCUGUUGGAAGAGAUGCAGCUGAGAGACAGGGAAGUCUUAGAAAUCUUUGCUCGGAAUCAUUCACUUCGGCUCGGCCCCCCCUUCACACAGCUUAUUCCGAACGUGCAUUCUGCACCCCCUCCCACCCCCCCAUCCACGCAAGGCCAAGCUCCCGCUUUGCUUCCAGCCCAGGCUGCUUAGACGGUGGAAACAGCAGUGAAGGUGAAAGUUGUCCCAGGAGAACGGGAUCCAGGAGUGUCCCUCAUUCUGCGGGUAUAGACCCAGCCGCCUGCUGGCAACUUCAAGGGACAAUGGUUGGGCCUGUACACCCCUCCGAAUCUCCCCCACCUUCCGCCCCCCUCCUCUGAGCACCCUCCAAUGCAGAGAGUUUGGCUGCUCUGGCCGCAUCCUGAAGCACAAAGCAGCAAGAACUUCCCACAUGUUGGGAGAGAAGAAUUUUGCCAAAGAUUCCCUUAACUACAGAAUCCGUAACUUCCGACCAACUCCCCGUGUUGGCUUUUGUUUACUCUUUCAGAUUCAAUUCAAGGAUUUCAAACCAAACCCCAAAAACUUUGAAAUCAGCCUAGAGAAGGAACAGCAGCUCUGUAAAAGGGGCACCCGAAAGUGAGGUGCUCAGGACGGUCUAGGAAAUGAACCUUUUGGUGAUGAAGCCUUUUUUUUUUUUGAGGGGGACAGCAUUUAUUCAAAAUAUUUGCCAGGUGUUAAGAAGAGAAUGCACCUUUUCUUUCUUUCUUCCUUCCUUCCUUCCUUCCUUUCUUUCUUUCUUUCUUUCUUUCUUUCCUUCCUUUAAUCCUUUAAUCUUUCUUUCUUUCUACUUUCUUUUCUUUUUUCUUCCUUCCUUCCCUCUUUCUUUUCUUUAUCUCUUUCUUUUCUUUUCUUUUCUUUUUUUUUUUUUUUUUGCUUUUUGGGUCACACCCAGGGAUGCUCAGGGGUUACUCCUGGCUUUGCACUCAGGAAUUACUCCUGGCGGUGCUUGGGGGACCAUAUGGGAUGCCGGGGAUCGAACCCGGGUCGGCCGCAUGCAAGGCAAACGCCCUACCCGCUGUGCUAUCGCUCCGGCCCCUCUCUUUCUUUUCUUUAUCUCUCUCUUUCUCUCCCUCUUUCUUUCUUUUUCUUUCUUUCUUUUUUUCUUUUUCUUUCUUUCUUUCUUCCUUUCUUUUUCUUUCUUUCUCUCUUUCUUUCUAGGUUACUCUUUCUUCCUUCCUUUUUUUCUUUCUUCCUUUCUUUCUGUAGGAGUACUGCUGUUUACUCAGCUAUUGAUUAAGCGAGAGUGCACCUUUUCAAAUACUGGAUGCAGUAUUUUUAAAUAUAGAAACUGGUGCCUCGUAACGUUGGGUACUGUUGGAAAAGCCUCCUGCUGGAGAUCAAGUCUUGUGAGAAGCUGGGGAGUUACAUAUUCAGGGGUCAAUAUUUAAAAGCCAUCAUGUUUUGCACUAGUAAAGGUGACUUUUUGUUUAUUCAAGCACCUCACCUCAAUUCAGAAAGAACAGCCGUGGAAUGUGGUGUCUCUUUUAUUUAUUUAUUUAUUUUUAGUUUUUAAUGUUUAAUGAAAUUAGAUCUAGUUCAGGCAUGCACAUGAUCUGAUACACAUCUAAUGAAAUGAUUAGCCACACUCUCAUCUCCUCACAUCUCUUCCGUUUCUUUGUGCUAAGAGCGGCUGGCAUCUCUUCCCAGCGAAUCCCUAGCAUUCACUACAAUGGUCUUAGAGAUCAGGCAUUAGCGCAUGGAACCUCUGGAUGUGUUUAGAUGCAAACAUCAUCCCCCCCAACUCCCCCUCUGGCCCUCCCUCCCCCCCCCCACCCCGCGCCAACCCUGCUUCACCGACGGCCAGAUCCUCAGGGCCAAAUCCUUUCAACGAAAGCAAUAAAUAUCCCCUUCUUGGCAGUCCUUCAGGGAGUUCGAGAUGGAAGUCUAACCAGGGAAGGAACAAAGUUUAGAAAACAGUUAAGGCGCUAACUUUUCCAGAGAGUCGCUGACCCAACUUCAAAGGAAAUUGAGAGGAGUCUAGUCGUUUCCAUGGAUGGAGUCAAGCUGUUCCGUGUCCGGGGCAGGUGCUCGGGCCUGCUGCUGUGUCAGGGCCCCCCUCCUGGCCGGAACAGGACAGCGAGGUGAUCGCGCUGAUCACAUGGAAUCCGGACCUUUGCCCUCGGCCUGUUGCCUGACUCAAGGGAAAAUCUUCCUUUGUCUUAGGGUCAGUUCAGAGCCACCUCUGCUUGGGAAGAGCCUAGGUUUAUUAUGAUGAUUAUUUCGUCCCUUCAGUCCUUGAUGGGCUUCACUUUAACAAUUCACUCCUCUAUCCAGUCUUUCUCAUGCUUCCUCCCCACAAACAAGUGUUAAGGCCAUGCAAUUUCAAUGGAGAAGGCCACUGAAAUAUUGGCACUGCCCUGUCUUCCGGUUGUUCAUCGAUUUGCCCAAGUGGGCACCAGUAACAUCUCCAUUGUGAGACUUAUUGUUACUGUGUUUGGCAUAUCGAAUACGCCACGGGGAGCUUGCCAGGCUCUGCCAUGUGGGUGGGAUACUCUCAGUAGCUUGCCGGGCUCUCUGAGAGAGACGGAGGAAUCAAACCUGGGUCAGCCGCGUGCAAGGCAAACGGGCUGUGCUGAAAUAUUGGCAUUGUGAGAUACCCUUUUGGUAUGAGCAAAAAUCAUACUGGCCCUAUAGAAGUCAAUGGUGAGAGAGAAAUAGGCAUUUUGAAUGAGAUCAAUGACAGGGACAGUCAUUUGCCCAGACCAGAUGAGACUGGAUGAAUCUCCCUAGGAGCCUGACAUCUAUUUUCUGGGUGAGCUUCUAGGGUUUCCUGGGUAUUGGGAAGGUGGGCUGGAAAGGUCAAAUCAAGUCACCUGUGGACCUUCCCCUCUCCCCUGGGUGAUGGCUUGGAAAGAUGAGCCAAAGACUGGUGUCCCAGGAACAAGGUGUUCCGGGUAAGGUCCCAGGAAGCUGUCCGGCGCAGCUCUGCCUCUUGGGAGACAAGGUGGAAACUCUAAGCCUCUGUGACCGAUUUUUCUGGAAUUCCGGUUUGAUGACUGUCCGCAGCAGAGAGACAGAGGCAACUGUGCACAGCAGAGUGACAGGCAAAUGGGGCAUGUAUCAGGGGCAGUGGCUAGCCUCCUGGAUGGGAACCUCAUUGAAGUUCUAGGUUACUGGCAACCGCAGCCUUGAUGGCAGGGACCCGGGUAUUUGCAAGUCACGGUGUUUGGUUUUGUUCUGACAAUUCGAGAAGAUUCUUCAAGCAAUAAUCUAGAGGGCUGAUACCCCCACUGGACAUUUCAGCUGGGUACGGGUCCAUCAGGUUGAGCGUGGACAUGCCUGACAAAGACACUUUGAGCAUCACCUGGUUGAUUUCUCCUUCGGGCAGGAGAACUUGACCUCACCAGGGCCAGCCCAGACUGUAGGGCCCCGGGAUUGCAUGGCCCCUCUUGCCCAGCUGCCUUCCUCCCUCCUCCCCCGCCUCUCCACCACCAACUCUUGCUCUUCGGUCUGUUUUCAUGCCACAGGAGGUACGUUCGGCUUCUUCCAACCCUCCAGUGCUCAGAUUGCCAUGGAGAAACCGGCACCCUAUUCAUUCCCUCCACCGCCACAUUUCAUUCUCCGAGGCUUGUUGUAUUUUCAUUUUUCUCCAUUGGUUUCCAUGGCGAUGAGUCUGUUGGCCAAGGCAGUGGGACUCUGCUUCUGAGCCUUCGGCACAAUACCCGCGUCUCCCGGGGGUCCUGAGGCAGCUGCUAGUGAUACAGGCCGGAAGAGAUUGGGGGCGCUGGCUCGUCCCUUUCCUCCCCCACCCCGCCGCAUGCGCUCCCCCUCCAUCCCCUCGCCCCACGCACAGACCCCAGAGAAGCCAGUCCACAUUCACGGCCACGGCACAGGAUCCCCUCCCCUCCCCAUGCUCACCCGUGCAGCCCAGCGGAGGAAGAGCGAAACCCCGGGGGUGGACAGUUUCUCCUAAGGGUGCGAGAUUCAGUGACUAGAGAUACAGGGGUGAGUUGGGGGCAGCACGGAGAAGCAAUUUGAAUUUGCACCCAUUUUGCUAGAAAAUUUCCUUCUAUCAGAGAUAGGUCCAGGCUGGGGAAUGAAGAUGCUUUGAAUUGAUGCUCAGCCAUCAGGCGGUUGGGACAGAAAAAGAGAUUUUUUUUUUUUCCUGAUGAGUCAAGUGGCUCGACUUCCUAAAAUAGUCCUUUCCGGAGAGCUUAAACUCCGGGACCAAGAGGAAGCGCUCGCAAAAGAUGGAGAUGACAGGACUCUUCAGAGGCAGGGAGCUAGAGCUGGGGCCUUGGAGGACCCAAGCAAGGAAAAGGUAAGAGAACUCCGGGCACUUUAGGAAAUGGAUCAGGCGUAAGGAGCACUGAGGGAUCCCGUGUGCAGAGCAAAGUGGCCUUCAUCCUAACUGUCUAGGAAGCGCUUUUUUUUUUUUUCCAACUAAUGUUUCCUUCCAUGAUAGACCAGAUAUUUUGUUUCAUUUUAGAAUCCCACUGUGGCUUGGCCUUCAUUAUAUGCCUGGCAAUUCUAAUUUCUCCUAUGUCCUCAAUAGUUAAGGGGGGGAAAAAAAAAACCAAACCCCAAAAAACAGGAAGUUUUGAUCAGAAGUUGACAGUCUGCCCAUCUGCUUGUGUUUUGUUGUUUUUUUUUUUUUAAGAGACAUAAAUGAAUUCAGGGGAAUAAAAAUAGAUGUUAGAAAUGAAAACGUGGGUCUCUCAGCUUUACUUCCGAAAUGUUAAUGAUUCUCUUUUUCGUUGGGUCUUAUAGAAUCUGUGAUAUGUAAGCCUACUGAAAUCUUGAAAGUUAGCUAGCUAUAUUGUACAAAGGUAUUUUUGGCCCUUGGAAGGUUAUUUUCCUACAUUAAGAGAAGUUUUCUUAUAUUGAACUCUUUUUUAUUGUGACUCAGGUUUUGUGUCUAGAUACAGACACACAUAAUAGGUGUUUUUCUUUGCGAACUUGUUUUGCACAGGUGAAGUGAGUUAAACAAUGUCCAGGGGUCAGCUGACCUUCCUGAAAGUUCUAUGAAGAAAAGCAUUGGAUGGAUGGGCAAAGGAAAUCACAUUCUAUUUCUUUCCAUCUAUUCUUCCCUCUCUCCUUUUCCCAGCUCUCUACUCAAACACAUCUCUUAGGAGAUCGUCAGUGUUUGUUUGUUUGUUUUCCUGAAAAUGCCCAGGAAAAACCAAGAUGAAACUCUCAGGCAGGCAGACCAUAAAGCAGUUUCCAUGAUUAGCCGAAUGGCAAUUUCCUUUCAAAGUGUAUUGCUGAAAUGUUUUCUUUUGCACGCAUACAAAGCUUUUCCUCUCAGAGGGCUCGGCUGCUCCUGGAUGGAGGGGAAGCCGCUGAUCGCCCAGGUAGGAAGGAAUAUUGUAUGUUUUCCUGGAGGAAAUCGGUGUUGUGUUGAUAACACCUAGUGUGGGUGAAUGCAAUAAAUGUCUUACCGUGCUCUCCGUGGUGGAGGCAGUUCCCGUCUCACUCCCUCAACUACACUUUUCCUCCUCGAGAAUGCAAGCCUUACUCUCUUCCGUUUAGAAGAAGAGAAAAAUCGUUGAUGGGUAAACUUGAUACUUUUGUCUCAGAGCCAAUCCAAUUUCUUUUGCACUUAGUGUCCAGAAGGGAACUAAAGGAAGUUCUGAGGAUGACUUUGUCUUCCGAGAGCGAUUUUCCUACCUCCCUUCCCCUCCUGUAGAAAAUCAGAGGCAAAUUUAUGGAACCGUUUAUAAAUUUCUAAGACCGAGAUGAAGAAGCCUAUAAAAAGGUUACAAGUUCUGUGGUUUUAUUUUCCCUUUUUAACCACCCCUCUCCAGCUAGUUCUUUUCUAUUCACAUACUAUGACGUAGAGAACAGUCAUUCUAAAUUUAGGAUUGCUUUUGUACCUCUGAGUAAUAGAUUUUUAAUUGGCUUACUAGGAAUUAUAAUUCAAAGGAUGCUGGAUGGCUAUGCUUUUUAAGUUCUUGUUAAGUACUCGGAAAAACUGUGUUUCAUUCCUCACCCAACUGGCAAUUGAUUACUUUUGACCUGUGUCUUUAAGAAACAAUCCUUUUAAAGAUUGUAUAAAGAAGUUCAAACUUCAUUUAUUUAUAUCUUUUUUCCAUUCACAGACCACAUGCAGAUACAAAUAUUUCAUGUUCCAUUUAAGUCGUAUAAUCCAGUUAGUGAAAUAUUUCACUCUUCUGUAAAUUGAAAAGAAAUUCCUAAGCAGUGACAUAAUAUUGGGCCAUAAUUAUAGUAAAAUAAAGACCGUCUCUAGACUCAUUCUUUUUUGACAUCUGACUUCACUACCAUAUGUGCAGCAAAACUGUGAUAUCUAAAGGCCAAAUAACCAGAGCUCCGUUAGCCAGAGAAAGAACUUGAAUUGGGAUCUAUUUUUAAAGAAAAUUCCAUUCUAUUACCAAGUAGUUUUCCAGUUUACAACUUGCAUCGGGAGAUCUUUGUAAGUGCUUCUUUCUUUCUGACUUCUUUUGCAGUCUCUGUGACCAUUUUAAUGUGCACUAGUAAAACACUAACAUUUUACAGACAUAUUGUAUAUUAAUGCAUGCAUUUCACUGCAUAGUUUGACACUUCCCUUGUAAAGCUUUUAUGGAAGAAACACAGACCACAGCAGCAUAGCAAAAGAGGCUUAAUCUUUAUAAAUUGGGGCCUUUUCUGUCUCUUUGCUAGCCUCGGUGGCUGUCUACGAAUUCGGGUGGGAGGGGGCAGGCAACACCUCUUAACAUUUAAGGUUUUCUACAUGGGUGAACUCUAGCCAAUUCAAGACAAAUUGCUUUAUUUAAUAAAAAAUAAAUAAAUUUUAUCAUUUUAUAAAAAUAUUAAAUCAUGACACGUUUAAUUGAAAUGGCUGUAUUGUAAUUAAUAUUUUGAGAUAAUUGUGAUUUUGAGCUUAAAUUACAAAAUUGUCAUUUUGUAUGUGUUCAAACAAUAACUGUAUCACAAUUAAAGUACUUUUGAGUUGAACGACAUAUUAAUGUAAAUAAAAGCUGAAUGAAGACCUAUUUACUACUUUAUUAACAUAGAUCGUGAAUGUACUUAACGGUUUUUUUGCAGUAUGAGACCAUAACGACCUUGAAAGCUGCUUCAUUGUCUGUGUAAAGAAGUACUCUGAAUCUCUAUUUCACACUUACUGAACCAGUGACACUGAUGACUGUCGGUUACUCUGCAAAUGCAAGCUGUACUUCUCUCCGGUUUUAUUUUCGGUAUUGACGCUAAGCAGUAAAGGUGUAAAAUGUGAUUAGGAUGCAUUUUGAAGAUGCUUUCUGUACAGAUACAAAAUACAGGGACUCAACUAAUGCUGUGCAGUGUAUAGCAGAGCCAUUUUUCGGCUUUGGUGUACUCAACUUUUUCAGUAUUUAAAAAAAAAAAGUGUUUUGAAUAACCUAAAAGUCUCUUUAUUGUAUAAAUAAUAAACUGUCACCUUAUUGUA